AUGCACCGAUCUGGGGUCCUUACUGGUGGAGAAUGGACUCUGGUUCGGAUUCAACUUGCUUUCAUCUUGGAACAGUGCGCUCGGCAAUUCCCAGCUACUGGUCCUGCGUUCGAAACCUCCCAGGUGUACACUAAUUCAUGA